GGGCAGCGGCUGCACUUCCUCUGCGGGCGGCGGCGGCGGCCGGGGAGUUAAUCCUCGACGCUCGGGUCCCGUUUCCCUCUGUGCGGCGGCCGGCGGGACCAUAAGGGCUUAACUCAUAUAUUUAACCCCCCUCCAAAAACUUUUCUCCUACAGUGAAGACAGUCCAGCAGAAAUGAGUGAGUUGCCCAGGAUUAUGACACAUAAUCACCACCACCUUCCUCAAACCCUGUAUUUGAAAACACAUGGGUCCACAGGGUUUGAAAGUAUUCUUGAAGGGCUGUUUGGACCUGCAUUAUUAAAAGAUCUCAGUUUAUUUAAAGACUGUGAACCUGAAAGCAUUUCUGAUUGGACUUUUGAUGAAAAUUGUCUAUUCUGUUGCUUGAGAAGAGAUAAAGUAAAGGGACACUUAGUCGGUCUGGAUGAACCAGCUUCGGGAGCUGGGCAAGAAGCUCUGCUUAAACAAGAGCAAGCAAAAAUCAUUCGAUUCGAGAGACAAGCAGAAGAGUUCCUCAAUGCAGUCUUUUAUAGAAAAGACAGUCCCUGGGUCUCCGACCCCAAUAUUCCCCUAGUGGCCCGUGAGAUCAUGCAGCGAAUGAUCCAACAAUUUGCUGCUGAAUAUACCUCAAAAAAUAGCUCUACUCAGGACCCCAGCCAGCCCAAUAGCACAAAGAACCAAAGCCUGCCGAAAGCAUCUCCAGUCACCACCUCUCCCACGGCUGCAACUACUCAGAACCCUGUGCUCAGCAAACUUCUCAUGGCUGACCAAGACUCACCUCUGGACCUUACUGUCAGAAAGUCUCAGUCAGAACCUAGCGAACAAGACGGUGUACUUGAUCUGUCCACUAAGAAAAGUCCAUGUGCUGGCAGCACUUCCCUGAGCCAUUCUCCAGGCUGCUCCAGUACUCAAGGGAACGGUGAGAAUUCAACAGAGGCCAUAGCAGUAGACUCUAACAAUCAGUCCAAGUCCCCACUGGAGAAGUUUAUGGUCAAACUGUGCACCCAUCAUCAGAAGCAGUUCAUUCGUGUUCUGAACGACCUAUACACCGAAUCCCAGCCGGGCACAGAGGACCUGCCACCUGAUUCUGGAGCAAUGGAUGCAUCCACUUGUAGUGCUGGCUGUGCCCAGCUAGGCACCAAACAUAAGGAAAAGGAUGCUGUGUGUCUCGAUAUGAAGUCUCCUACUUCUGUAGAUUUGUUUGUAGACUCCUCGGGCUCUCACAGCCCUCCACACUUGACAGAACAGACCCUGGAGGAGCCCCCUCCCGAGACAGAGUCUGUAGAUGGAAGACAAAAUGCCUUGACUAAUAUCCAGAAGGAUUCCUCUGAACUUCCAACCACUAAGCCUAAUUCUGGUAGUUCAAUGGAUAGUUCCACUCUGGGAUACCUCACUGCAUCGAAUUCUUCCUCAUUAAACUUCCACCACAUCGCUAAGAGCUUGGAGGGGCAAACCACUGGACAGGAGCAAGACACAAAUGUGAAAAUACACGAGGAUGGGAAAGACCAUAUGCAGAGCUCAGCUUUAGUAGAAAGUCUGUUUGCAGUAAAAGGGGCAUCUGACAAUAGUGAGGAGAGCAACAGCUGUAUUAUUUCUCAAAGAAAUUCAUUCAAAGCUUUAUCAGAAGAGGCUUGGGACUCAGGGUUUACCGGGAAUUCACCUAGAACUGCUGACAAAGAGAAUGCUUUACUGUGUAGCUCGAAAACACCUUCGCACCAGGAGUUAGAGUCCAGUGAACAAGAUUCACGGCCAAAACAAGAGAACCAUCUUCACUCACUGGGAAGAAAUAAGGUGAGUUAUCAUUUACAUCCCAGUGAUAAGGGCCAGUUUGAUCAUUCCAAAGAUGGUUGGUUAGCCCCCAGCCCGAUGCCAGCUGUACACAAAGCAUCUAAUGGACAUUCACGAACCAAGCUGAUAUCAACCUCCAUUAAGACAGCUCGGAAAAGUAAAAGGGCAUCAGGGUUGAGGAUAAACGAUUAUGAUAACCAGUGUGAUGUUGUUUAUAUCAGUCAGCCAAUAACGGAAUGCCACUUUGAGAAUCAAAGAUCAAUAUUAUCAUCUCGGAAAACAGCCAGAAAGAGUACUCGAGGAUAUUUUUUCAAUGGUGAUUGCUGUGAGCUGCCAACUGUUCGCACACUGGCCAGAAAUUUACACCCCCAAGAGAAAGCGAGCUGUUCAACGCUGGAACCGGAGGCAGUGGUCACUCCCAAGCAGACCCUUACACUUUCAGCCCCUGGACCCGCCGUGGGUGUGCAGCAUCCCAGAGAGGAUGACCACAAAGAACCUAGUAAAGAAAUAACCUCCCUCAAGGAAGGAAACAGAGAUGCUUCCUCUGAGAAGGAAUCUCAAGAGCCUGAGGUUUGCGCCAUGACAAAUAAACCAAGUCCAAGCAGCUCUCCUAGGUCCCAGGAAACGACAGCCUCCAGCCUGGUGUCACCUCCCCCUGUUCACCUUCCUGAAGAGGACAUGCCAGAAGGCAGCUCCGUGGUCUCAACUCCUGCAGCAAGUGGGAUGGCUUCCCCUGAACGAGACCAGCAACCAGUUGAACUGCUGGAAAUCAAAGAGGGGACUGUCACCCAAGACUGUCACUUGGUUUCCUCUCUUGAGAGCAUUUCUGAGGGAGGCAGUGAAGAUGUUGUUUCUAGGCCUCAUUCUUCUCCUGAAACAGUCAGUAGAGAGGAAAAUCCUCUGUGCUCAGAAAGUCAGAGUCCCCCAGGGGGCUUAGAGCCUCCUCUGAGCCUGGGAAAAGCUGAAGACAACCAAAGCAUCAGUACUGAGGCUGAGACUGAAGACACUCAGGAGCUAGAUACUGACCCACUCUUGAAGGAAAGCAGCACUUUUACUAAUGAAAACUCCAAUGAAAUUGAGGAAAGUGAGAAAGCAGGUGGUACAGGAAAAUUAGAAGGACAGAGCAGUGAUGUAAAAUAUGUUUCAGAAAAAGAUAUGUAUGAUCAAAACAUUGACUCAUCCGAAGAGAAUUUGGACAAGAAGAAAAAAGGUAAAAAACUCCCAGAGGCUUCUGACAGGUGCCUAAGAAGUCAGCUUCCAGAUCCUUCCUCCUCUGAUAGGUGCCUAAGAAGUCAAAGUUCGGAUUCAUCCUCCACUAUUCCUGAGAUCAAGGUUUCCAAAACUCCUAGUAUGAAACGUUCUAAAAAAGAAGGGUGCCCUGGUGAGACAACACCUGAGGGCCUUCUGGCAGACGGUCUCCAGACGAAAGCUCUGGAGGACACCGAAAACCCAGAUGUCAAUGACAACCCCUCUGAGAAAGAUGCUGAGCAGGAGGGCAAAGAAGGUGGGAUCAUUACCAGGCAGACUUCUAAAAACAUGCUGGCAAAAGAAGUCAAAGGGGAAGAAGGAGGUAUUUUCCCCAGCGGUGAUCCCAUGACCACAGUAGGCCAGCCCUUGCCUGGAGAAAGACUGGAAAUCUAUGUUCAGUCUAAGUUAGGUGAGAAAAAGGCUCAUGCUCCCUUGGAAAGUGUUCCUUGUACUUUCCCAGAACAAUCAAAAGAGAAACCAGAACCAGUUCCUGCACGCGAUACAGAGGAGGUUGUGAAUGAGGUCGGCGGUGCAAAUACCCAGCAUAAAGAUGACGAGAGUGAUGCGCCAUCCAGUGCACUUGGCUUAGCAAGUGGUGGAAGUGGUGAUACGGCCGAGCCCCCACAGUGGGUCCCGAGGCUUACAAGACUGACCUCUUCUACCUACAACCUCAGACAUGCUCAUUCUCUGGACUCCUUGGAUACUGCGAAAGUGACUUCAGAAAAGGAAGCAGCACAGGGAAACCCAAAGCCAAAGGAAAAUGAAGCUUCAGAGAAUGGAGAGCCCUUAGACGAGAAUGAUGUGGACACAGUGAUAGAUGACCAGCCAAAGUUUGUAGAAUGGUGCGCGGAGGAGGAGAACCAAGAGCUCAUUGCCAACUUCAAUGCCCAGUACGCGAGAGUCCAGAAAGGCUGGAUCCAGUUGGAGAAGGAAGCUCAGCCAACGCCAAGAUCAAGGAACAAGUCAGAUAAACUGAAGGAGAUUUGGAAAAGCAAAAAAAGGUCACGGAAAUGUAGGGGUUCAUUGGAGGUUCAAAAGUUUUCUCCUAUUCAGAUGCUGUUUAUGACAAACUUUAAAUUAUCUAAUGUUUGCAAAUGGUUCUUAGAGACAACUGAAACCCGGUCUCUGGUGAUCGUGAAGAAGCUCAAUACUCGUCUUCCAGGAGACAUCCCCCCUGUCAAGCAUCCUCUACAGAAGUUCUCUCCUUCCAGUCUGUACCCCAGCUCACUACAGGCUGAACGCUUGAAAAAACACUUGAAGAAAUUUCCUGGAGCUACUCCUGCCAGGAACAAUUGGAAAACACAGAAGCUAUGGGCUAAAUUUCGAGAGAAUCCGGAUCAAGUGGAGCCAGAGGACGGCAGUGAUGUCAGCCUCGGUCCCAAUUCUGAAGACAGCGUAGAAGAGGUCAAGGAAAGUAGAAAUACCCAUCCUCCCACAAACUCACCUACCCCAGCCAGUACUCGGAUCCUCAGAAAAUACUCCAAUAUUCGAGGAAAGCUCAGAGCCCAGCAGUGUUUGAUCAAGAAUGAGAAAAUGGAGAGCCCAUGUGGACAAGCUGUGGAGAGUAAACAGAGUUGUAAGAGUGUCUGCAUCAACCCUCUGAUGUCCCCCAAGCUUGCCCUGCAGGUGGAUGCAGAUGGGUUUCCCAUUAAGCCCAAGAGCACUGAUGGAAUGAAGGGAAGGAAAGGGAAGCAGGCGUCUGAAAUCUUGCUGAAAGCAGACGUGCAGAAUAAACGCAAGAGGACAGAAAGCGGCAGCGCUCAGGACAGGAAGGACAAGGGACCUGUGGUGAAAGCCAGCAAAGAAAAGCAUAGUGAUGGAUCCACCAAAACCCCUGCUGCCAAGAAGCCAGCUGCAAGGGACAGAACCAGCCAACUGCCCAAAAAGACAUCCUUGAAAGAGAAUAAAGUGAAGAUCCCCAAAAAGGCCCCUGGGAAGAACUGCCCUCCCGCUAGGAGGGAAAAAGAAAAUACAAACAAAAGACCUGCCCAGCCAGCUGCCUCGGAGACAGUGACGAAGCCUGCAAAGCAAAAGGGGGCAGGUGAAUCCUCUUCAAGGCCACAGAAAGCCACCAUCAGGAAGCAGAGCAGUGGAAAGUCUCGGGCCAGACCCUUGACGAAAACCCCAGAGAGCAGUGCGGCCCAGAGAAAGCGAAAGCUGAAGGCAAAGCUGGACUCUUCCCACGGCAAACGGAGACGGCUGGAUGCAAAGUGAUGGCAAGGCUGGGAGCCAAGAGUUAAACUGUCCUACGGAAGUAACCCUUCGUUUUGCAUUAACUAAACCUGCUUUUAUAAGCUUAUCCAGCCUUUCAUAUCUGCAGUUAAUGGAGAACACCACAAUUUAAGAUGUCAGAAAAUGCAUCUCAGAUGGAGAAGGGAACUUGCAGAGUCUUUCUCUGAAGCUGAGUAAGGGAAGUUAUAUAUUAUAUUCUGGUUGUUCCUUGGGUUUUAAACUUGGAACCAAGCAGUUUUAGUUUUUAAAAGUACAGUGCCUUAUUUAUCCUUUUUGUUUUUAAAUUUACAAAAGCUAAAAAGCUGAUCUAUGUGAUUAAAGGCUUGUAUUUUAUACUUGAUGCACAAGCACUUGUACUGUAGCCGAGAAGACCACCAUCAUGCACAUAAAAGUAGCUUUUCAGCAGCCACCCUGCAGUGUCUGUACCUGAACAGACACUCCUCUUUGCAAACCCUCACACUGAACUUCCCUCUCUGUCUUGUUUGUUUGUUUAAAUGAUAUUCGAAAGCUAAACCAAAUCAUUUUUAUGGUAUGUAGAGAAUGCAGAGGGAAUUUAUUAUUAUUAUAAAAGAUGAAUAUUUCUGUUACCCCUUUUAAAAAAUCCUAAUUCUGUUCAUUAUUGGUCACUCUUCUCACUUUUGAUCCUUUGUCAUUUGAGAAAAUGUAUUCCAAAUUAUGCACCCAUGGGACAGAUGUGUCACAUGGUGUUAAUAUUGGGUUAUGACCUUUAAAAAUUGUUUAGAUCCCCCCAAGUGAUUCGCAUUACUGAUUCUUGCCAUCCUUUUCUUUUCUGGCCUUGCAAGCUUGCUAGCGCUCUAACGAGGUUUUCAUCCAACUUUUGGGGGGGGGGGGUGUAGGAUUUUUUUUUUCAUCUUGUAACUGUAACUUGACAGUUAGGCUAAGAGUGACUGUUCUAAUAUUCUUUCUUACUCUGAAUACUUCCAUAUUCAAAGAAAGCCAGGUUGUUAUUUCCAGUAAUAGAAAAGUUUAAUAAGAGUUUGUGCAUGUGCAUUUGCCUGUGGCUAUUAGCCACAGAUGUCUCCCCGCCCCAGUUCUGCAGUAAAAUUCUUUGUCGCCAUGCAGUGUGCUAGGGCAUUCAUGAGCUGGUAAAUCAGCACAGGCCAGAUGGCUUAAAUGUGGCCCAGGGUCUCUGUGAGAGAGUUUGGCAUGAGACUCAGAAAGGUCUAAACAGCACAGAGUUAUGUAAAGGUCAGAGCAAUUUUGCUGUUGGAGGAAGCAGCCCGGCUCAUAGUGAGCCCACAUCGCUCCUCCCAUGUGGAGCUGACGUUCAGUGGGUGUGUUCCAAUGUGAAUGGACAUGUUGAGAGUGGGUGUUAGCAUUCUAAUUGGUUAGCGCCAUAUUGGUAGGUGAUGCGUGUAGUGUUAUUCCUGCCUCUGUCAUGUCAGGCUCUGUUCCAUGGCUCAGAAUUGAGAGCUGCGGUGUUUGUAAGUGAUGUUGUUUGCCUUUCCUGAGUGACGCCGGAGGUGGUUGCAUUGGCUUUACCCUGAUGCCUGUAACACUGCUCUGUUAGAGCACAGUGUGAAUUCCACAUUUCCACUGGGCCACUCUACACAAAAAGGCUUGGUUGUUAAAGCUUCAACCAGCUUCUCUAACAUGCUCUGUCACAGAAGUAAGCUUGUGUGGACAGGUGCCACUCUGUCCAUUUUACUAAAAGUUUUCCACUUAGAUUGUUCAGAUCUGUUUGGUCCAUUUAGAUCUGGAUGGACUUUUUUCAUGUAUAGUUCAGCCAAAUGAUGAUAAAACAGGCCUUCUACCCAUUCUGUGAAAAGUUUGCUGUAUAUAAUGAAAACUUCUGAUGACUGGAUAGGACUGGAGAAAAGCAUGUGAUUCAUGGGAAAUUGAAAAUUGCAUUGAAUUUCAUAGAUAGGGACAUUUACUAUCUUCAGUGAAGCCUUGACUUUUUUUUUCCAAUGUCUCCUCUAUCCCAUGAGUCUUUUUUUUUCUUUUUAGUAUCUUUGACUUUGGCCAUUCAAGAGCUACCUAUAUUAUGAAACUGCUGAGUGUGUAUGUUGGCAGCCCUUUCUCAGCAUUAAGUUGCACAGAAGCAUUAGUAUGUUUUGAGUAGGUUUGGCUAAUCUUUUAAAAGUGGUUUUAAUGUUUAAAAAAAUAUUUUCAUAUAGUCGUCACUGGACGCUGUUUUUGCAGUGACGUAAACCAGCUGAGGUCUGCCGAGGUCACAUGCUCGGACUCCGGUGCCCCCUCAGCUGCACGCAGACUGCCUCGUAGCGGUGCUCGGAUUAACUUAGGGAG